AUGGUUGGUGUUUGGAUAUGUGGUGGCUUUUACAAAGAAGAUGACUUUGGGGACUCGUUCUCAGAUCCGUGCUCACUUCCAGAGGAGUUUUCUGUGCCUUUGUUUGCUCAGGGGGGUUCACAAAUCCCUACGAAGACAUCCUUUGCGAAAUUCUCGAAAGAUUUCAUACUCAUCUCUGAAUUUUCAGAACAGGUCGGUCCUCAGCCUUUACUCACCAUUCCCAAUGAUCCCAAAGUGUGUGGGACAUUUGACCUUAACUACUUCUCACUUCGCAUCAUGUCUGUGGACUACCAGGCGUCUUUUGUUGGACAUCCUCCUGGCAGCAACUACCCAAAGCUCAAUUUUGUGGAGGACUCAAAAGUUGUUCUGGGUGAUUCCAAGGAGGGGGCGUUCGCUUACGUCCAUCAUCUGACGCUGUACGACUUGGAGGCGCGUGGAUUUGUGCGCCCCUUUUGCAUGGCCUACAUUUCCGCGGAUGAAAGGAAGAUCAUGCAUCAGUUUCAAGAGCUGUCAUCCGAGUUUUCCAAGGCUUCCGAAUUUCUCAAGUCAGGCAACAGGAAAGCUUUUGCACAUGAACUGGAAAAGAAACUGAAAGACCUAGAGUACACCAGAUCGGUGCUGCACAAAGAGUCUGAGCUGCAGAAAAUGAACAAUGGCUGUUAUUCCACACAAGCUAUUGAGAAGGCGAAUGAAUUGGCCAAUAUGGAGAAGUCCAUCUAUGAACACAAAGAUCUGCUGAGGCAAAUAACAUCUUAUCCUUCCAGGAAAAGGAAAGAUGUAGAUUUUGUACAACGCGAGACAGAGAAACUGGCUGACAUGAGUGUAUUGGACGAUACACUGAAUAUUAAUCAUUCUGACAUUGCAGAUAAGACUGUGGAAACCGAAAGCGAUAGUAGAAAGCCCUCUUACACACCUCAGCUCAUUAAGGGCAAAUCUGCGAAGUGCUUUGAUAAACGCUUGAAAACGAUGGAAGAGCUCUGUGAUUCCAACUUUUUUCACCAAACUCUAGAGCAACUAAACAUAAUUGAGAAGUCAUUCCGGGGAGAUCUGUGCUUUAUUUACACUAGCCAGAUUGACCGGGCUCUUCUGGUCAAACAGAGAGUUACUAAUUUUCUCUUCGAGGCUGAACGCGAAGGGGAGAACGAAGGAACCUCAAAGAAUGACAAUAUUUCUUCCAACAAUCCGACAGUCCCUAUUUUGAACUUAUCUGGUGAGCCGCUGAGUCUCGAAUCAUACACAACCUGCAUAGAUAUAGAUCACAUUAAGCCAGGUGUGGAGUCUAUGGAAGGGCCUCCUGAGUCCAGUUUAUCUGACAUUACGCAGGAAACCUCAGAGGCCGCCGACACGGAGACCAAAGGGAGUUUCAGUAGCGACAAGAGCAUUGAGGCUUUUGGAGGUGUCAGUCCUUCCAGUCUACAGUCAAAUUACUUUGAUGGUCUUGAAAGAAAGAGCAAGGUAUCCAUUGCAUCACCAUCUGAAAGUGCAUCCAGCUCUGUUGCUGUCCCACAGAGGUUGACCGAUGGGAAUCUAGUCCCGAUGGAUGCAGCCUGCUGUAUUGGACAGGACGGUUUCAUUUUUGAGGAACCUUUACCUGAGCUCGCUCAGGAGUGCUGUGGCGACACAGUCGUGAACCAAGAACCUCUGUCUCUUCUUCAGGGAGACCCUGCCUUACAGGUGGACUACAUUUUGGAAGAGUCAGUCCUUGCAGAGAGCCCAAACAUGGGACUGACUUUUUCUGAACUGAACACUGGCGUUCUUUCUGAGGAGGUGGCCAAAAUGAAUCUCGAAGAUGUCUCCGAUAGUACGAGCUUUAUGAGCGCCUCCACCAGUUCUGACCGUGCUGUGUCUCCGUUCACUUAUGGCAGUGCGUUGACGCUAAAGCAGAAGAAGAAAGCUGGUCACAGCGCUCUUCGAUUCAUCAGGCAAUAUCCAUUUGCUCAGCAAGCCAUUUUCUGCCUUCUGAGUGGCCGAACGCUUGUUAUUUUAGGGGUGGACGAGGGCACGGUGAGGAAGCUAGUCAAUGCUUUGUUCUUUUUCGUUCCCAAUCUCGGCAAGUAUGGUGAAACCGUCCAGCCUUGGCUUUCAUCGCCAUUUCAGCUUACCGACCUGCAGAGAUGGAAACUUAUUGGGUUGCAGAGAGCUGCCUCCCCGGCUGGAUCCAGCAUUCUCCACUCUUUGAAUCGAUACAGCCGUUACAUAAAUUUGGACUGUGACAGCAAGACCCUCCGGUGUCCACCAUACAAAGGAACACUAAUAAGCCAGCUGGCAGACCACAGGACUCAGAUCAAACGUGGAAGUACCUACUUCCUCCAUGUUCAGGGUAUGUUGACUCAGCUUACAGCCAGGGCAUUCCUUUACACAUUCUGCCAUCAUAUUCACCUUCCCAUGGACAUCAACGACCAGGGCUCGGUAACGACACGCAGGACUAAUUUCUUGUUGCAGCUCGGCUACACUGUGGAGGAGAGUAAAAUCAUCCAGUACCUGAGUGAGCUCAUCAAGCAGCAUUACAUUCAGGGGUCCUCGAAGGGGGGCAACCAGUCUUUUUGUUUUAAUUACACCACCAGCUAUUUGUACAAAAUCUGAUUGUGUCCACUACAUGUUCAACAUCGACCCCGAUAAAAUCAGGAGACCAAAUGUACUGAAUGUAAUCACCUUUUUCUCUUCAUGGCAUUCCAGGAAACAACAGGUUGAACGUCUGGUGUUAGAAAAGGUGGUCUUUACUAUUGUUUAGUGUAGAGGUUGCAUAUUUAAAUCUAUUACCAAAACGUUUUCUGUAAAAUGGUUCCUCUUGUGGUUUGAGGACCUUACAAAAACUCUGAAAUAAAAUCAAGAUUCAGCAAAAAUUCACCAUCGUUCAAGCACAAGUAGUCUUGGUUUGAAAGAGGCCAUACAAAACAGCUCAUUUAAAUGUGUAGCCAAAUGCUUGUUUUCAUUGACAGUAAAACCACCAUUCUCUAAUCACCAUUUAAUUAAUCUGGUCCUGGUAUCCCAUUUAAUAAUUAAUGUUUUUGGGGUGUUUUUUUUUUUUUUCAUCUUCACAAGCAAAGCAACUGUUGCUGCAUGCAAAUCACAAGCAUAAUUUUAAUGCAACUAAUUUAUGAGGCAACAGAACAGUAUUUUAUAAUACACAUUCUCCUCAAUAUGCAGCCUUUAUAAAAUGCAUUAACAUUGUGUAUUUAAAUUAGUAGAUUAUUUGAUGUUAAUUCAUGGAUUGGUCAGUAAUUAGCUGUAUACGUGCUUGAUACUUGUUUUCUGGGCUUGAAAAUAAUAAAUACACUAAACUAAUUAAUAAUAUAGGGAAACCAUGCAAAUUAGCCUGAGAUUUAUCCUUUUUUCUGCCCUCUCUCUAGUUAGCAUAAAAUCUGAGGGGAAAAUUGAAUAUUUUAUAUAACUGAAUACAAAAAUGAACAAAGGUUCAAGGCAUUGUUAAACAAACAAAAAUGGAGCCAACUGCCCUUCGUAUUUUAACGUAAUUGCGUGAUAAGGUGAAUGAAUGUACUGCAUGUAAAAUGUCACAUCGUGGAGAACUUAACUUUUCUGCAUGUUUGAAGAACACAAAAAUGUAAUGAUGGCAAAAUAUGGUGGCAAGUUAUAGACACUUCCAUUGUAUCUCAUGUGUUGUACUGUUUAGCCUUUCUAGAUAAAUUUCAAAUGGAUAUAAAUUGUUGUCUAAGUUGUGUGCAAGCAACGUCAGCAUGAGUAACUGUGUGGAUGAAGUAGCACUUCAUUCUAAUGGCUGUUGCACUGAUGUGAAAUGAAUGAUAAUAAUGGUUGUUGCCAAAAUACAUUGUCUGUAAUCGUUAUUCCCACUACUGCAUGAUAGCAGUUGUAGUCCAGAAUUACAGAUCUUGACUGCCACUGCUGUGUUUCAUCACAAGUGUGUCUUAAAAUUAAGUUGUGUUGGCUACCCAGUCAUUAUUGGCCUUUGUAACGAUUUGUUAGAGACAGAUUUUUCAGCAUUUAAUUGCAGAGUCUGUUGAAUGUAAAUUGAGAAUAAGCCAUGCCAUUAUGCGCACAUUAACUUCUAAGAAGGUUAUUUAUUUUUUGCUGUAUCUGAACAAAUCUUGUUUGCUGUAACUGUCUUAAUCAUGCAUUUUUGUUGCUACUUUUCAUAAAUCUAUUUUAAGACAGUAUUGUGAGCUUGUCUGGGGUAAGGUGAGGUUCACUGUUCAUGCUGAAAUAUUUCUGAAUGUUAAGUCGAGUAAAUUUUGAGGGUCAUCUGUGUGCUUUCAGUUGCUGCCCACUGUGAAAUUUCUCUGCCUUCAAUUUCAUUAAAUUAUUUCUGAUUUC